AUGCUCAUCAUAGGCCUGACCGGCGGCAUCGCCACCGGAAAGUCGACGGUCUCAUCUGUGCUUUCCUCGCCGCCCUACAACCUGCCCAUCAUCGAUGCCGACGUCCUCGCACGCAAGGUCGUCGAGCCGGGAACACCGGGGUACCGCGCAAUAGUCAACUACUUCGGACCGACCACGCCCGACCUGAUCGUCCCCGCCUCCCCAGAUGUGCCUGAGGCCGGGCCGGCAGGAAAGGGCAGGCCGCUAAACCGGCCGGCGCUGGGGCGGAAGGUGUUUGGCGACUCGGCAGAGGCGAAGGAGGCGCGGGCGCGGCUGAACGGCAUCGUGCACCCGGCUGUGCGCAGGGAGGCGUACAAGGCGCUGCUGUGGGCGUACCUGACGGGCAGCUGGGCGGUGGUGUGGGACGUGCCGCUGCUGUUCGAGGUGGGCACGGACAGGCUGUGCGGGACGGUGAUGGUGGUGGCCGUCAAGGACCCGGCGGUUCAGAUGCAGAGGCUGCGGGCGCGGGACGCGCACCUGAGCGCCGAGGACGCGGAGAACCGCGUGCGCAGCCAGGCGGACGUGCGGCUCAAGGCGAGGAGGUGCGAGGCCAGGGGCAAGGGGAGGGGCGUCGUCGUGUGGAACGACGGGGACAAGGAGGAGCUGAAGCGGGAGGUCGAGAGGGUUAUGGCCGAGAUUAGGGGGAGGAGCCCGUGGUGGUGGAGUACGGCGCUGUGGGUGUGUCCACCGCUGGCUGUGGCUUCUGGCGUCUGGAGUGUCGUAAUGAACUGGAGGACUAAUAAGAGGUGGGAGCAGGACGAAUCUAGGGAGAGAGCGAAGCUGUGA